AUGCGUAGACAUUGUCAGCCUUCCGCGUAUGUGAUUCAACAAACAAACCCAACUACAUUUCCCUCCUGCUCUCUCUUUCUCCUCCUCCCCCUUGAUUCCUCUUUUCUAACACCUCUUUCUCAUUCUCCCUCGAUUUUGCACUCUUUCUUCACCCUCUCUCUAUUUUCUCUUUCUAUUCCUCUUUUACUUGGCGGAGUCUUUUUCGCCACUUCUUUUCUUCAUCUUCUGCCCGAGGCGAAAGAAGAAAUGAGAAAGUUUUUCGAUCUAGCUACAAUCACGUUUCAGUUUCCUGCAUGCGAAUUUAUAGUCAGCCUUGGAUUUUUCCUGGUUCUCUUCGCCGAACAGCUGACUUCCAGGCUACACAGGAUAUUUGUGGCCCGAAAAAAGACAAAGUCCUUACAGUCUAAUCAGACGCCGAUUUUCACAGCGGAAAUUCCAACCAACGUUACCACCGAGGAUAGAAAUGAUGAAAAGAACAAGAAUAAAUUCGAAUACAAAGCAGAUUACCAAAAUGUCGAAUCCUUAGCCGUGGAAAAUAAAACCAACACUUCUGAAUGCGAAGAUCCGGACAACCAAAUUUCUUCAAUAGUUCUCUGUAACGACGCAACCUGCACAGAAUAUAACCACUCGUCCAUGCGCCUCUCUCUUUCCCCUCUCUUCCUCCCCCCACUCUCUCUUCCCCGCUCUCUUCCUCUCUUUCUCUUUCUUUUCCUCUCUUUCUGUCUCUCCCAUAAUGUAAAAGUAUGCAUCAAUACGUUCAUAGCCAGAUCUGUAGUCCCCUCAAAGCAAGAUGCCCAUCCAUCGACCCGUCGCUUUCAUUUCUUGGUGCUUUAUUGA